GUAGCAGGGGAACAUCAGCGGCCGGAGAGUUUAAAAAUAGAUGUCAUAUGAUACCAAUAAUAGUGAAUGUAACUUAGGAGACCUGUGAAGUUAUACAAAGGGCAAAACAAAAUGGAAGGCAGUACGAUACUCUAUGCUUUCAAUAACAUUUAUUUUGCAAUCUUUGCUUUGUUUUGUUUCAAGCUCUUAAUCAAAAUCUCUUUGGCUUUACUGACCCAUUUCUAUAUUGUGAAAGGGAACAGGAAAGAGGCUGCAAGGAUAGCAGAAGAGAUCUAUGGAAUAGCCCCAGACUCAUGGGCAGACAGAUCUCCCCUUCACGAAGCUGCCUUUCAAGGGCGCCUCCUCUCGUUGAAAACCUUGAUAGCACAGGGGUUCAACGUGAACAUUGUUACAAUAGACCAUGUUUCUGCUCUUCACGAGGCUUGCUUGGGUGGCCAUGUUGCUUGUGCAAAAGUGUUACUGGAAUAUGGUGCUCGGGUGAAUGCAGUCACUGUAGAUGGGAUCACACCUCUGUUUAAUGCUUGCCGUCGUGGCAGUGCCCCUUGCGUCGAUAUGCUGCUUGAAUUUGGUGCCCGGACGCAAGUGGAGAAUCAUUUUGCUUCCCCAAUUCAUGAAGCUGUCAAGAGAGGUCACAGGGAGUGUAUGGAAAUUCUUUUAGUCAAUGGUGUUGAUGUGGACCAAGAAAACCCACAGCAUGGAACAGUACUGUAUGUGGCCUGCGUGAAUCAAAGGACAGACUGUGUCAAGAAACUUUUAGAACUAGGAGCUAGUGUCAACCUGGGCAAAGGACUGGAUACACCACUUCAUGCAGCCGCUAGAAAAUCCAGUGCAGAAAUUGUCAACUUGUUAACAGACUAUGGGGCCAGCUUGAAAUGUAGAAAUUCUGAAUUAAAAUGUGCUCUUGAUCUUGCUGCACCUAAUAGCUCUGUUGAACGGGCACUGUUGCUUCGGGAAGGCCCUCCUAGGCUGGCCCAACUGUGCCGAUUGUGUAUCCGAAAAUGCUUGGGCCGAUCAUGCCUUUAUUUAGCCCACAAACUACACUUACCUGAACGACUUGAAGAUUUUCUUUUGUUCCGAUAACCUUACAGUUCUUUUGUAGCCUAAUAGAAUCAACGAAAAAGAUCGUUUACUCUUAAUAUAAUAAAAACCAGGGUGAAAAUUAACAAAGGCAUAUGGGGUUUAAAACCAUAAUAUAGCAAGCUUGAAAAGAGCAUCUGUGCAAAGCUUGUUCUGGAGCUUGAAAGUUUGCUUUUCAAAUGUUUUGCCAAAAUGAAGCAGUUUCUAUGUAAUCACAGCAAAAUGGGCUCUAGGGUUCUUUUCAUAUCGUCCCCAUGGUUUAUUGUACACAUACGUAUAAACGUGGCACAUCCAUAUUCUUAUAUUUUAACUGGUGUAUAUGUUCAGUAAGUCCAUUAAAUGUUUUUCAUUUUAAUUAAACAUACCUAAACUUA